AAUUAUACAAAUUGCUAUCUUUUUAAGAUGGGAUUUUUGUUACUCUCUCUAUUCUUGAUAUUUUUUGUAAGAAUAAAUAAUUAUGUGAAUGCUACUAAUAAUUAUUCUAUAGAUGCAAUUAGCAAUAUUGGGUGCAAUAUUUUUGUUGGAAAAUGGGUUUUUGAUUCUUCAUAUCCUAUGUAUGAUUUCUCAAAAUGUCCAUUUAUUGAUAAUGAAUUUAAUUGCCAGAAGUACAAGAGGCCUGAUAAUUUGUACCUCAAAUAUAGAUGGCAACCUUCCUCUUGCAACCUCCCAAGGUUCAAUGGUUUGGUUUUCUUGGAAAAAUACAAGGGGAAGAAUAUAAUGUUUGUGGGUGACUCAUUAAGUUUGAAUAUGUGGGAGUCAUUGGGUUGCAUGAUUCACUCUUCAUUGCCAAAUGCUAAAACUUCACUCACAAAGAAAAAUGGAAUUGCUGAAAUUGCAUUCUUGGACUAUGGAGUUAGAUUGUCAAUGUAUCGUACUCCAUACUUGGUGGACAUGGUCAAAGAAAAAAUUGGCACUGUUUUGAAGUUGGAUUCUAUUACUGAUGGCAAGGCUUGGAUGGGAAUGGAUGUAUUGAUAUUCAAUUCAUGGCAUUGGUGGACUCACACUGGAAGCUCUCAACCGUGGGAUUACAUCCAAUAUAGGGGCAAAAUUGUCAAAGAUAUGGACCGUUUGGUUGCUUUUUCUAAAGGAAUGACCACUUGGGCUAGAUGGGUCGAUAAAAAUAUCGACUCAUCUAAAACUAAAGUCUUCUUUCAAGGAAUUUCACCCACUCAUUAUAAGGGCAAGGAUUGGAAUGAACCAUCAAAAUCAUGCAAAGGACAAACACAACCAUUUUUUGGCACAAAUUAUCCAGCAGGGACACCAAAAGAAGCAAAUGUGGUCAACAAAGUAAUCAAAAACAUUAAAAACAAAGUUUAUUUAUUGGAUAUUACAACUCUUUCACAAUAUAGAAAAGAUGGACAUCCAGGAUAUUAUAGUGAUAUACAUGGAUCAGAUUGUAGCCAUUGGUGUCUACCUGGUUUGCCUGAUACUUGGAACCUACUUCUUUAUACAAUUCUUAUUGGUUGAAAUCGCGGCGACAGGAACAACCCUUUAGUCGCCACAAAAAGUAUGGUUUUUCGUGGCAACUUUGAAAGUUUUGCCACGAAAAAUAAAAUGAUCUGAAAUAGUCUAGUCGCUGAAACUUAUUGGUGGUGACCCCUAAAGUUUGCAUUGAAAUGUUAUUCUUUAGGGGUCGUCGCGAAUAAAUUUCUAACAAUAAAACUAUUGUAAGUGGCAUUCAAGUCGUCACGAAAAGUCCUUUGUAUUCCUUUGUAGAGUUUUGUGGUGACAAAGUCGUCACAAAAAGUAAUUUAUUCUAGUAUAUAUAUGAUCAUUAUUCUAUUUUACUAGGAAGAUGUAUGUUGUUUAGGAAUUUGAUUCACUUUUAUUUGAAUGACAAAAUAAGAAGGUUCAUAUUUGAAUUGUAAAAUGUGUAUAAGAUCUAUAGGCAUGAAAAGUUGCCUUAGUCCAAA